UCUCUCUCUCUCUCUCUCUCUCUCCAGUGUGUUUGGUGAUGGGGGUUCAUGAGAUUUGUGAUGCUUUGCAUGACAUGAAGCCAGUGUUGUUAAUGGUGGCGGUUCAGUUUUCAUUUGCUGGGGUUAAUAUUUUCUACAAACUGGCGACUAAUGAUGGAAUGAGCUCAAGGAUUCUUGUUGCAUAUCGCUUCAUUUUUGGAACCGCCUUCCUCCUUCCUAUUGCUCUUAUCUUUGAAAGGAAAAGCAGGCCAAAGCUCACAUGGAUGGUGCUCUUGCAAGGAUUUUUGUCUGGCUUAUUUGGGGGAUCAUUGUCACAAAAUUUGUACAUUCAAAGCUUAGCCUUGACAUCUGCAACAUUUGCUUCUGCCAUAGCCCAACUCAUCCCAGCCUUAACUUUCGUCUUCGCCGUCACCUGCAGGUAA